GCGGGUCCGUCCGGGCAUGAAGCUGGGCCGGGCCGCGCUGGCCCUGCUGCUGCUGCUGGUGCUGCUGCUGGCGCCGGGCGCGGUGCGGGCGGUGGAGCCCAUCAGCCUGGGCCUGGCGCUGGCCGGCGUCCUCACCGGCUACAUCUCCUACCCGCGCCUCUACUGCCUCUUCGCCGAGUGCUGCAGCCAGAAGCGGAGCCUGAGCCGGGAAGCGCUGCAGAAGGAUCUGGACAGCAAGCUCUUCGGACAGCACCUGGCCCAGAAGGUCAUCCUGAACGCGGUGUCGGGCUUCAUCAGCAACCCCAAGCCCCGGAAACCGCUCACGCUCUCGCUGCACGGGUGGACCGGCACGGGCAAGAACUUCGUCAGCAAGAUCAUCGCCGAGAACAUCUACGAGGGGGGCCUCAACAGCGACUAUGUCCACCUGUUCGUGGCCACGCUGCACUUCCCCCACGCCUCCAACCUCACCCUGUAUAAGGACCAGUUACAGUCGUGGGUCCGCGGCAACGUGAGCGCAUGCGCCAGGUCCAUCUUCAUCUUUGACGAGAUGGACAAGAUGCACGCGGGCCUCAUUGACGCCAUCAAACCCUUCCUGGACUACUAUGAGCUGGUGGACGGCGUGUCCUACCGGAAGGCCAUCUUCAUCUUCCUCAGCAAUGCUGGUGCCGAGAGGAUCACGGACGUGGCUCUGGAUUUCUGGCGGGCCGGGAGGCGGCGGGAGGAGAUCCAGUUGAGGGACGUGGAGCACGCGCUGUCUGUGUCCGUCUUCAACAACAAGAACAGCGGGUUCUGGCACAGCAGCCUGAUCGACCGGAACCUCAUCGACUACUUCGUGCCCUUCCUGCCCCUGGAGUACCGGCACGUGAAGAUGUGCGUCCGCGUGGAGAUGCGCGCCCGUGGCUACGCCGUGGACGAGGACAUCGUGGCCAGGGUGGCCGACGAGAUGACCUUCUUCCCCAAGGACGAGCGCGUCUUCUCCGACAAAGGCUGCAAGACCGUGUUCACCAAGCUCGACUACUACUACGACGACGACUGACGCCCCCGGGCCGGACCUUGGACUGCACCCCCCUCCGCCGCCGCCUGGACGAGCGCUCGUGAUUUUUUUGGAAAUCAUGUUUUAAUCUUUAAGUGUCUUCUGCUUCAAGGACGGAUGACUUUUAAGUUUUACUGAAAGGGCCUAACUUUAUUUA